AUGAAGAGCAUCAUCCAUGCUUCCUUCAUUAUUCCGCUAACCCUUUGUCAAUUUUAUACACAACCUGUCGUCUACUAUCAAUCUCCUCAAGAUCCCCAACAAAUCUACCAGACCUCAUAUUAUCCUCAAGUCCCUUAUCAGACGAACGUAGGCCAACCCAUUUACGGUUUGCCGACGCAAUAUCUGCAACCAACUUACCAACUACUACCUCAGCCAACGUAUCAGACAGGAUUGCCGCAAGGACUUGGUCUCGGACUCUACCAGAAUGCGUUCGCCAAGGAACUGACAGGCGGAUAUCUGAAUGAGUUUCGCGAUGAGACUGGCUCAUUGCAUCGAAACGCUGUGUCAAUGCAUCGUGAACCUAUAACACUUGUGGAACACGCGAGUUACAUGAGUUUAAUAAACGACAAGGAUAACUUCCAUCCUUCUGGCUGCGGAUGGGAUGCAAAUCUCCUGAAAUGCACCGACGCCUUGGGCUUAUGUAAGGGAGGUUGUCGUGACUUUGCCGUGUCAGCUUCGGCGACAGUUCACGACUGCAGAUGCAUACCGUAUGGCUACGCUGCUCUUCUGAAAUUACUCGGCAAGAGAUAG